AUGAAGGCCUCCUGGCUAGGUUGGUCCCUUCUGUCGCUGUUGGCUGUGCCUACAUUCGCUGUGCCGUCAGAGUCGGAGUCACAAGUUGGCAGCCGCCUGAAGACAAAGCGAAGCAGCCGUGGUGUUGACCCCGAAGAACCAUCUAUCUUCAACGGCCUAGAUGUCCCACCGCUGUUCCAGUUGACUCCGGAGAAUUUCGAGGAGGCCACCAAGGAUGGCACUUGGUUUGUGAAGCACUAUUCGCCGUCUUGCACCCAUUGCAGAAAGGCUGCGCCGGCCUACCAGACUACCUUCGAGUACUACUACACCUCUAAUCCCCUUUCGCCAUCAUCCGGAAAGUCCCCUGAUCCAAAAUCUUUGAACGGUUUCACCAAUUACUAUAAUUUCCACUUCGCUUCCAUGAACUGUCUGGCUCAUGGCGAUUUCUGUGAGAAACUUGGCAUCAGUGCCUAUCCGAUCUUCGCAUUCUACGAUGAGGGUGUUCAGAAAGAUAAGCACGUCGGUGUUAAGUCAAUCGCGGAUCUGAGCAAGAUGAUCGAAGAGAAGCUUGAGUCAAUCAAGCCGGGGUCUCGUCCUCCGCAAGGGAUCAAAUUGCCCGAGGUUGGUGCGAGCAGCGUUGACUCCUCUGCCGAGCCUGAUUCUCCUGUUGCCAAAGAUAAAGAUCCUCAGGCCGGUACCGAAGCUGGUGAGAAACAUAACUCCCUGGUUGCUCAGAAGGCGUCCGACGCCUUGGAUACUUCGCCCAGCGACACUGCGAAUAGUGUCGUUGUUUCCAAACCCCAGGCAGCUCCCCCUAACCCGCAGGGCGUUUCAAUUCCCCUUACUGCUGAGAGUUUCCAGAAAUUGGUGACUACCACGCAAGAUUCGUGGUUUAUUAAAUUUUACGCUCCGUGGUGCCCUCACUGCCAGGCCAUGGCACCAAACUGGAAGGAAAUGGCCAAGGAGAUGAAAGACACUCUGAAUGUCGGUGAAGUGAACUGUGACGUGGAAGCUCGCCUUUGUGAAGAUGCGCGUGUGUCGGCCUUCCCCACCAUUUACUUUUUCCGAGGUGGUCAACGAGUUGAGUACGCCGGUCUGCGUGGCCUUGGAGAUCUCAUCUCCUACACCAAAAAGGCUAUUGGGCCAGGGUCCAGUAUCGAGGAUGUUGAUGCAGCCACCUUCAAAGAGCUGGAGGAGACUGAAGAAGUUGUGUUUUUGUAUUUUUACGACCAAGCGACUACCUCUGAGGACUUCAAGGCUAUGGAGCGCUUGACCCUCAGCCUUGUGGGCCAUGCCCGCAUUGUCAAAACUAGCAGUGCUGCCCUGGCAGAGCGAUUCAAGAUUUCCACAUGGCCUCGCCUCCUGGUCGUCCGCGAUGGACGACCCAACUAUUACAAUGCUCUUGCUCCCAAGGACAUGAGAGACUUCCGCCAGAUUCUAUCCUGGAUGCAGACAGUUUGGCUACCGAUUGUUCCCGAGCUCACAGCUUCCAACGCCCACGAGAUCAUGGAUGGCAAGUUUGUGGUUCUUGGUAUUCUCAGCCGUCGUCGCUCCGACGAUUUCAAACAGUCCAAGCGUGAGUUGAAGGAGGCCGCUUUUGAGUGGAUGGAUAAGCAGAUUCAGUUGUUCCGUCUCGAGCGGUCAGAACUUCGUGAUGCUAAGCAGUUGCGUAUCGAGGAAGCUAAUGAUCGCAAUGACCAACGCGCGCUGCGCGCUGCCAAGAACAUGCGUAUUACCAUUCGUGAGGACGACAAGAAGCCUGUUGCUUUUGCGUGGGUGGACGGUGAUUUCUGGGAGCGCUGGUUGCGUACCACUUACGGUAUCGAUGUGGAGCAGGGUGACCGCGUGAUUGUUAAUGAUGAAGAUAAUCGUCGUUACUGGGAUACUGCAUCAAGUGGAGCUCCGAUCAUGGCCUCACGUACUUCCAUUCUUGAGACUAUUCCUCUCGUCAUUGCUUCUCCUCCGAAGCUAUCGCCAAAGUCCACCGUUGGCACCUUUGAAGCCUUCUUCUUUUACACCCGAUCCUUCCUCAGCGGCCACCCUAUCCUAUUCUUCAUCCUGCUGGGUCUCACUGUUGCUGUGGCCACUAUCUUCGGUCGUGGACGCCUCUUACGCCGUGGUGGCUUUGGCCGUGGUGGCAUUCUGGGCAACUCGAAUGGGGGUGGCGGCUUCUUCCAGCUGGAUGGCAAGGAGGGAUUCUUGAAUGGAGGUUCGACCGGAAAAGUCGAUUAA